AUGGAUACCGAGAGCCCCGCGGCAGCGUCGCCGUCGAAGAAGCCGCGACAUGACGACGUUGUUGAAAACAAGCGGAACGUGACGAUCAACGCGUGUCUACGCCCGACGAGCACCGCGACGCACGAGGACGUCCGAGCAGCCAUCUUGAAGUGGCUUGGAGCAGGGGCCGUAGGGCUGAGGCCGUCGGGCGGCUUCUUGGCGCUGCCCAAGUUUUGUGAUGGGCAUCACAUCGUCACCGAGCACGUCGAGAGCGUCACCGAGAUGGACGGUGAAGACGACAUCGCCACAUACAAGGAGUGGGUGCUGCCGUCGCGGGACUUCCACGGCCUGUGGGAAUCUCUCGUCUACGGGGACGACGUGAAGCUGAGGCUGACGAAGUACGCCGGGAACGCGCUGCUCUUCUCCCAGAGGGGUGUGGACCCGAACCUCAUCGCGUGGAACAGGGUGGUGCUCCUGCACGGUCCGCCGGGCACGGGAAAGACCACGCUGUGCAAGGCCCUGGCGCAGCAGCUCGCGAUACGAUUUCAGGACACGUAUCCCACCUCGGUGCUCGUCGAGGUGAACGCUCACAGCCUCUUCAGCCGCUGGUUCAGCGAGAGCGGCAAGCUCGUGUCGCGGCUGUUUCAAAAGAUCCAGGACCUGCUCGACGACGAGGGCUCGCUGGUUUUCGUGCUGAUUGACGAGGUGGAGUCGCUGGCGGCCGCGAGGAAGGCUGCGGCGUCGGGUGCGGAGCCAUCGGAUGCCAUCAGGGUGGUCAACGCGUUGCUCACGCAGGUGGACGGCCUGAAGCACAGAUCCAACGCGAUGGUUCUCACGACUUCAAACAUCACGGAGGCAAUCGACCUGGCGUUUGUGGACAGGGCAGACAUCAAGGCGUACGUGGGACCGCCGGGGUUCGAAGCGAGGUACUCGAUAAUUAUUUCGGCGAUCGAAGAGCUUAUCGCGAAGGAUCUGGUGCAGGUAGGCGAAAGUGAAACUCGGUUGCCGGCGUUACAGGUGUUAAGAGAGCACGCGAAAACGGGUGGAGUUAAUGAUUUGGAAGCAACCGAAGGUUUUAGCGGGCGGGCACUUAGGAAGCUGCCGUUCCUUGCCUACGCCCAGGCUCACACAAACGGACGAUGUUCCUUGCUCGGGUUCUUGAACGGGUUUCGACGGGCCAUAAUGCAGGAGCGCAAGGAUCAAACUUCGCUUAAACAAUAG